AUGGUAACACCUUCACUUACGAGAGUAGAUUUGCCCUCAACAUCCAACAUCGGAAAUAUGAUUGGAAGCGACAUUUCAUUGCCUGAGCAGGGUCGAUUAUUGGACUUCACCACCAGGCUUCCCAUCGUGCCUUUCGAUGAUGCUGGUUUCACCAAUGCGGACUUGUCACUGUAUUCAUGUUCCGUUGAUGACCCGAUUGAUAUAGCCAUUAACCAAACGUUCGAGGACAAGAGCCGGUGUCAGUAUAUUUUGAGGCAAUUUACAAUCCGCAACAACUUUCAAUACAAGGUGUUUUAUUCCACAAAGAAGAAAUUCACCGUGGCAUGUAUGGAAGAUAAGUGUGAAUGGAGGGUGCACGCAUCUAGGAUGAACGGUGCGGGGAUAUUCAAGAUUAAGACCUACAAGGAAAAACAUACUUGUGGAAUGUCAUGGAUGAAGAGUGAUCAUCGGCAAGCAAGCAGUAAGCUGGCCAGCGAACUGGUUGUCAAUCGCAUUAAGCAACGCAUGGGGUUAAGGCCGAAGGACAUAAUAGUCGCAAUGCAAGAUAAGUAUAAUAUUGUUAUUAGCUAUAAUAAGGCAUGGCGUGCUAAAGAGAUUGCAAUUGAUCGCACGAUGAGGUUUGAGAGAUGUUUUGUUGCGCUCGGACAGUGUGUUAGAAGUUUUCAAACAUCUCUGCGAAGGGUCUUGGCCGUUGAUGGGACGCAUUUAAAAGGUAAGUACAAGGGUAUUUUGUUUGUUGCUACGGCAUUGGAUGGUGACAAUCACAUCUUUCCAGUCGCUUUUAGUAUCGGAGAAUCAGAGAAUAGCAACAAUUGGAACUGGUUUCUUACAUACCUCAACGAUUCGUUAGGGAAUUUACCUGGUCUUGUUAUCAUAUCAGACCGUCAUAAAAGUCUGAUCAAAGAAGUUCCACAGGUCUUCCAAGCAUCAAUUCAUGGGUACUGCGCCUACCAUAUAUAUCGAAACUUGGUGGAUACGUUCAAAGACAAGUCAUUGGAAAUCUACUACUGGCAGGCUGUAAAGACUUGUAGGAGGGCUGAUUUUGAUAAAUUCAUGCAUCAUAUCGAACUUGCCAACCCCCUAGUACAUGCAUGGCUAAGGGAAAUAGGUUAUGAAAAGUGGGCAUCUUCGCAUUUCCCAGGAAAAAGGUUCAAUUUGGUGACUACAAACAUAAUUGAGUGUAUUAACGCUCUAUUCAAAGAAGCACGAAAAUAUCCAGUGACUAUGCUAAUAGAGACGGUCAGAUUGAAAAUUCAAGAGAUGUUUUGUAAAAGAAGAGAAUCAGCCUCAUCAUUUGUUGGACCGUUGACACCGUGGGCCGAGAAACAAAUAAAGGAUCUCAUACCGAAGGCACGAGAUGUUUGUUGCCACGCAAUUUCCCGAGAUGAAUACUAUAUUGUGGGAGACUACAAUGAUACUGUCAAACCAAUGAGCUUUCAUGUACAUGUCGUGAGUUUGAAGUAA